AUGCUUACAAAAAAGGAGCAAGAUAUUGCAAAUGCCAUGCUACUUGUUGAAGUAGCAAAGAGAAGGUUGCAAGUUUUAAGGAAUGAUGAAUGGGACUCUCUUAUUGCUAAGCUUGCUAACUAUACAAUCUUACAUCAUUAUCGUGUUGAAGUCUUUUGCAAUAUUAUUGAUUGGCAACUUCAAGAACUUAGUGAUCAUUUUAAUGAGGUGACUACCGAUUUGCUCCAUGGAAUUGCUUGCUUAAAUCCAAUUAACUCAUUUUCAAGUUUUGACAUCAAAAAAGUAAUGAGAAUGGCAAAAUUAUAUCAGGAUGACUUUGAUGAAUCUAAUAUGAGUGUUCUUGAGAAUCAACUUGCAAGUUAUGUUGUUAAUGUUUGUGAUAUUGAUGAAAGGUUCUCUGAUCUAAAUGGGCUUUAUGAUCUUUCCAAAAGAUUAGUUCAGACAAAGAAACAUUCUAUUUAUCCUUUGGUAUUCCGCUUAGUGAAACUUGCUCUACUUCUACCAGUUGCCACUGCCUUCGUUGAAAGAGCUUUUUUGGCAAUGAAGUUUAUCAAGAAUGACUUGCAGAGCCAAAUGAGUGAUGAUUUUUUUAGUGGUUGUUUAUUGCCUUAUUUAUAA